AUGUGGAAGCCUUCCCUCAAUUUCAUCACUUUGCAUUAUGCGUACAUUAUCACUCUGAGCAUACUCAGUUUGGCCAUCAUCUAUCCAUAUGGCAACCUGCGAGCCAUCGACGCGUUCUUCUUCGGGGCCAGUGCCUCGACGGAAUCCGGACUGAAUACUGUUGACGUCAAUCUCUUGAAAACGUAUCAACAGGUCUACAUCUAUGUGGCCCCGAUUAUCAGCAAUCUUGGUUUCGUCAACAUCAUCGUGGUCAUUGUACGGUUGCGCUGGUUCGAAAAGCGUCUCAAGGAAGUUGCCCCUGCCUUUCUCCGGCAAAGACGGAAAGAUGAUGCAGAAGCGAGAGCGGACAGUACUUCGAAGACGGCCACAGCGUCAGACGCUACAACUACAGAGAAACAAGACUCUUUUCAGAAUGAAUCGCAGACUCCACCCUUGCGCAAUCCAGACUCCUGGUUCCCCUCGGCCAGCAUCACCUUUGCCGAAGACGUGCACGAUGCCAGCCGGGACAAAGCUCUAUACGUUCCUCCUCCCUGGCAACGAGAUCGAGGACAGCCGAUCGUGGAAGUCGACGAUGAGCCGAGUGACUGUGAGCGAACCAAAUCCGCCGACGCUCAGGUCAACGUCGGUACGUCUCGCCGGCGGUUCAAGCUGGCUCGGACAAAUACCCUUGAGCGAGUCGCGUCCACGAUGUUUGUCCUUGGCCCUUCCGCAAGCCAUCCAACCAGGGCGCAGACACAGCCCCUCGAGCAGUCCCUUUCGCAGCAGCUGGACCUGCCUGAACUGUCGUCGCAUGCUACGAUCGGCCGGAACUCGCAGUUCCAUAACCUGACCGACGAGGAUCGAGAGAUGCUGGGAGGAAUCGAAUACCGCAGUUUGAAACUGUUGCUCAAGAUAGUCACCGGGUACUUCUUCGGGCUUCAUCUCUUUGGCGCAAUCUGCCUGGUCGGUUGGAUCCAGCACGCAAACCCCAAGUAUCGCGAAUACCUUGCCGAAUGUGGCCAAGGCAACAUCUGGUGGGCCUUCUACUCCGCCCAAACAAUGGUGGACAACCUCGGCUUCACCCUCACCCCCGACUCGAUGAUCAGCUUCCAGGACGCAACCUUCCCCCUACUCAUCAUGAGCUUCCUCGCCUACGCCGGCAACACCUUCUACCCCUGCCUCCUGCGCUUCAUCAUCUGGACCAUGUCCAAGCUCUGCCCGCGCCGCUCCUCCCUCAAAGAACCCCUCGCCUUCCUCCUCACCCACCCCCGCCGCUGCUACACCCUCCUCUUCCCCAGCAAACCCACCUGGGUCCUCUUCGCCAUCCUCUUCGCCAUGAACCUCGUCGACGUCAUUCUUAUCAUCGUCCUCGACCUCCACAAUCCAACCGUCACCGCCGCUUCAGCCCGCCACACCGGCACAGCAGUCUUCAACCUCGCGAACGUUAACCCCGCUGUCCAGUUUAGUUUGUUGGUUAUGAUGUACAUCGCAAUCUACCCCAUCGCGAUUAGCGUGCGCGCCUCGAAUACCUACGAGGAACGCGCGCUGGGGGUCUACCCCGACGACGCGGCCACUAUCGACGAGUCAGACGGCCGGUCUUAUGUUCUAUCGCAUAUCCGGAAUCAGCUCACUUUCGACCUGUGGUAUAUUUUCCUGGGGAUUUUUUGUAUUUGCAUUGCGGAGUCGGAUCGGGUUAUGGAUCCGAAGGAGCCGGCAUUCGCUGUCUUCCCCAUCUUCUUUGAGGUUGUUUCUGCGUAUGCAAACGUGGGUCUGAGUCUCGGCUAUCCAACUGUGAAUACCUCUCUCAGCGGACAGUUCUCCGUCUUCAGCAAGCUGGUUAUCUGUGCGAUGAUGAUCCGCGGGCGGCAUCGGGGACUACCGUAUCAGCUGGAUCGGGCGAUUGUACUCCCGAAUGAGCGGUUGGAUGAUAGUCUUGAGCGAGUUGAUGCUGUGAGGUCGGUGGGGAGGAUGAGGAGGAUUAAGCGGUUUCAUACUAGUUAGUCUACGUACACGGUAUAGAUAUAGAUGCGUGUUUUACUAGGCAGCUUCAUAGACAUGAAGUGAAUCGCUC